UACUGCAAUGGCUCCUAAUACUGAAGAAGGAAUCACCUACAUGAAUUUGAACAAUAUCCAGAUGCUUACUGGAUCAAACUUUAAGGCCUGGAAGAGUGGUGUAGAGUUCUACCUAAUGAUGCAUGACAACAUGGAUUUGUGUUUUACUGAUAUAGAGCCUUAUGGAGUAGAUGCAACUAGCUCAUCCGAUGACAAGAAAUAUUAUCGAGACUGGCAUAGAUCCAAUUAUAGGGCUAAGAAUGUAAUGAGAACUACCAUGUCUGAUACUGUGAGGGGUAGUAUUGAAGAGCCUGUUUUGGCAGUUGACUAUAUGGAAGCAAUAGCUGAAAAAUUCAAGGAAAGCAAUAAGGCUGAGGCAGCUAGACUUUCCAAGGAGAUGAAUGAGUUGAAGUAUACUGGUAGUGGGGGUGUUAGGCAGCAUAUCUUGAAGCUCACUGAGCUAAACACUAGGCUCAGGGAUUUAGAUCUGGGAGUCAAGGAUGACCAACUUGUCCACAAUACCUUAGAUUCUCUACCACCUAGCUUCAAUACCUUAAGAACUAGCUACAAUGCACAGAAGGAGAGCUAG